UGCCGAACGAACAGUUCAUGUUUGCUCGUCUUCCUCCAGAUCCACCUUCUGACUGUCAGGUGAUCAGCACUUCAGCCUACUCUGUUCGAAUAGCUUGGGCCCCAGCUUUCUCGACCGACUCCGAUCUCACCUACAACAUUCGCUAUCGUCUCAAACACACCGAAGAUGGUAAGAUCCGCGAACUCCGCGGAAUCAAGGGAAAUACCGUCGAAAUCAUGAGCGUAGACUCGUGCUCGCUCUACGAGUUCCGUAUUACAGCUGUCAGCAAAUAUGGCGAAAGUAAACCGAUCUAUCUUGUACAGUAUACAGAACCUCAGCUGAGCCCUCAGCACAUAUUGGCUACAAAGCUGCAUGCAAACACCAUAGAGCUGACUUGGGAACCUCCUUACAAGAGGACGAAUGAUGUGAAGAAUUAUAUAGUCUACUUUACCGAAAAUCCGAAUGCUUCGCUCUCGGAAUGGGAAAAAAUCCCUGUCAACGGUCGACGGGUAGUUUUCCCCGAUCUUCGCUACGACUGGUUUUAUAUGUUCAGUGCUACGGCUGUAUUCAAAGACGGUCAACGUUCGCCUUUAUCUCGUGCUCUGUUCAUCAAAACGGAUAAAUUGGAGUUCCAUAAGCAAUGGGCGGAAGGCUUAGGAGCCUUUGCACUCAUUUUGCACUUACAAAAAAUUAUUUCGACAUUGGAUAGUUCGAAGCUGUCCAAAGCGUUAAGUUUUCCAAGUACUUUCCAUAACCUUUCAUCCCUAGGUGUGGGCCAGUCGCGAACGAUUGAAGUUAUGGAUUCGAUAUGUGAUCGAGCUGAAGACACCGAAACUACAGCCUUACUCAAACGUGACUAUGCCUCUUUUGCUGUGUGAAG